AUGUCUACCAACCUCAACCCCGAAACCAACACCAACCCUUUAAUCCUCACCCAUCCUCCUCCUCUGCACCCAACCUGGGUAUCUCACAUCCCACACCUCCCACCCCCUAAUACCUCUCCCUUCCCCCACAUCCGCAAAUCCACAUACAGCCAAAACUGCACGAAUCAAAACACGCACCUCCUCCGCACAUCUCUGACACACCUCACCAAAAACCUCCUCAUAACAUCAUCAUGCAUUCCCUGCAGCACUCACAACAUACCCACUCGUCUCUACACACCACGUGCACUCCACGGGUCCGAUUCCAAACCCCUAAUCAUCUAUUUCCACGGCGGAGGUCUAUACGUCGGUGAUCUCGACUCCGAAGAAUUAACAUGUCGCCAACUAAGUAUUUCACUCUCCCUCCCCCUCCUCUCAAUAUCUUACCGUCUACUACCGGAUUUCCGCGCCGAUGACGCUGUAUCCGAUGCUCUGGUUUCUUUUUCCCACCUCUCUUCUCUUUAUCUCGGUCGAAAAUUCAUAUUAGUGGGGAGUUCUAGCGGGGGACAAUUAGCUGCUACUAUUGCAUUAAUUGCUUUACGAGAAGGAAAAGGAGAGAGGAUAUUGGGUGUUAUAUUGAGAUGUCCCGUAACAUGUGAUGCGACGGAAAAUGGGAUAAGUAUCCCUGAAGAAUGGAAACAUAUGCACACGAGUAUGAAGGAGGAGUUUUAUACGGGAAUAUUGGAUAAAGCGGCUGUGACGAAGGAGAAUAGAGUUAGGGAAUAUAAGAUGCCUUUGGAGAUGUUGGCUGAGAUAUCGAAGCUUAAGACUUCGAAAUUUGCAGAAGCAUCUAAACCCGAAAAUGCAGGACCGGAAAACAUCAAAAUGAAAUGGUUCUUCCAGCUUUGCACAAACGAUAUUUAUUAUUCCGAUGGGAUAUGUCUAGGACUUGGAUUAAGAGAAAGAGGAAACGAAGUGAAGAUUCGAGUUGAAGUAGGAUGGCCGCAUACGUUUUGGUUGAAAGGUAUGAUAUUGGAUGCAGCUCAGCAGGCUGAGAUGGAAUUGGUUAAAGGGGCAAAGUGGGUUUUGGAUGAUGCAGAUGAAGUUGAUGAUAGAGAGAGUCGGGCGAAGGGAGAAAUGGAUUGGGUGGAGUGGAGUGAGGAGAUUAGGUUGUGA